AUAGUCUAAGGGGUCUAAGGAAGUAACUUCGUUACUGGAUAUUAUGAUAGUACUUUUAUGCUUCAUGAUCAGCACAGUCGAAUAAAAACAUAAUUCGUUUUUCUAAAAUAAGCAUAGUGUAUUCGGCUUAGAAAACCGACCGUCUGUUCACCAUUCGUCCAUGCUAUUUGCUUUAGUCAUUCUGAACAUAGACGUAUAAGAACGAAUAGCGACUUACCCUUUUGCUAUAGUUCGGAAACUCUCUGACUGUUUGGCAAUUAGUUGGGCCACGUAAAUGGGAAGAAAUACGAAGACGAAAUAGAAAUUAAGCAGAUCUCUUUGGGUCACAUGCAAAGGCAGCUCUUUUUUUUUAGUCUUAACUAAUUAGUUGAUCAGCUUCUCAAAAAAUCCAUAGCAUUUUACGCAACCCAAAGUUCAAUAACAUGUCAGCUAGAGCAUAAUAAUGAUGAUGAUGAAAUGGUGUAUAAACAGGGGCUCAUUGUUGGUGACGUUGGUGACACUGGCUGGUAAUUCGUGAUUGGUGGUUAUUAGAAAUUAAAUGCAGAAAGUCGUCAGGUUCCAUCGGGUGUGUGAAUGUGCUUAUGUCAUUUAGUGCAAUUUUAAAUUUGGUGUAUUCAAGAAAGAUAACAGUGCGAUUUGAGGUUGCCACAGGAGUGUGUUUUAUAGCUGUCAUGGCAGAUUAUUUUGAAGAAAUGGGCUGGAAGCCUUUGGGCCAAGGACAAACACCAGACCAUCUUUUACAUUUGGCAAGACUGCUUAGGGAUUUUGGAAUGUGGGAAGAGUUGGGCCAUGGGCACAAGCUGCCACCUUCUGCCUCAAAGGCUUCCAUUUUGAACUUGAAGGAAAAGGAAAUUACAGUGUCAGGUGAACAGUGUCCUGUAUGUUUGAAAGAAUAUACCAUUGGAGAAAGUGCAAAAGUGAUGCCAUGCAAACAUUCCUUUCAUUCAUCAUGUUUGUUGCCAUGGUUACAAAGAACCAACUCUUGUCCUCUGUGUCGUCAUGAACUACCAACUGAUGACGAAGAGUAUGAAAUGUACAGGAAAGAGAAACUAAGAGCAAAACAGCGAGAGGCAGAGUUAGACACUCUACACAAUUCAAUGUUUACUUAACAUGUGAUAUGAAAUAUACUAAAAUGCUCUAUAAAAUACGGGCCAUUUUGAUACCAUUUAUGACUAUGAAAUACUGGUUCAGAUCCUGAGUUGAAGAUAUAUCAAAGCAUUAUUUUAGAACAUGAUCAUGCAAGUAUUUAUUUUGCAUAUCAAUGGCUUUACGUGUUAAAAUAUCCCUAAUUCCACAUUCACAUAAAUUUGUAUUAUAAAGUUAACUUAUGCAUGGAUUUAUUUAUGGAUUAUGAUAUCCUUUUUGCAUUCUGAGCUCUAUUAUAGCCCUAAUAACUGAUCAGGAGAUUAUAUAUUUAUUGUACUGUGGUUUUGUAUGCACAUAUGGUUGAACUUUUCUGUAAAGUUUGAGGGUAUUAGCUUUAUUUGCUCCAAGUUAUUCUGCCACUCCUUCUUAUAUGUGUUUAGAUAACAUAUAAUUGGCUGUAGGAUGGUACUGCACAUUUAUGAUUGUUUUCAUUUUAAUUUCUUUUUUUAGCUAGUAUGUCCACUUCUUCGUUGUGUGUUAUACAUGUGUGCCCUGGUAUCUAGAUCAGUUCUCCGAUUACUUUUUCAUUUGGUAUAGUAGGUAUAAUAUAAUGAAUACCAGUUGGCUUUGGUGGUUAUGUCUGGUGCUUUGAGAGUUUGUAAUAUUUUAAAUGGAAGGAAUAUACAGUGUACACAUUA